CUGUGCUCUGCGCCCGACGCGGAAAAAGCCGCUAAGCCCGUAUUAUGCCCGAACCAGUUACGAUAUGGUUGCAUCUACCGCGAGUCACUGUAUGGACAGACGAUGGAAAUCGGAAGAGACCAUAAGGGGCUCUCGGGUCCUCGUGACACAAUAUCACGUGGCGAUGAUGGACAGUGGGAUAAAUUGCCAGCCUUACGUCUUGCAUGCAUGUCAUAAUCCUCUUGAUCAACCUCUCGCUCAGAAAACGAUAUAGGAAAUCGGGAAAUAUACACCUCUCAGCCAAAAAUGUCCAAAUCACAAUACCGAGAUGACGAGGAUGCCAUCCCCUCGUACGAAGAAAGUGUCCGAUCAUCCACCACACAAGCACCACCCUAUAACAUGAGACUCGACGUGGCGGCACCACUGCACCGUCAUCUAGAUACAAGUCGAGUUCAGCGCGUUCAUUCUCUCCUCGACCAGUAUGUUGAUCCACUUCUUGCUGAGCAAGGGUCUUCAGGGCUGUACAAAACCGCCUUCAUUUUCAUUCCCUCCAAUGUCACGUCCCUACAGCCCAGAGAAAAAACUAGCUACUCCGCGCCUAAAGCGCCAGAGCCGGUCGGAUUUCCUACUUCCACGGUGGUGAAGCUUGUUCAGUUGGAGGGCGAGGCACAUACGAUGGAGUUCUGGAGACAGCCGGCCGUGUUGCGGGAAUUGGAGUCCUCGCUUCGGGCUAGGCUUGCAGCGAGUGGUCAUCAUGUUGAGGGGCAGGAUGAGAAUGAGAUCCCUACAUCUGCUAAAGAAACCCAAUCGCUAAAGUCGAAUAAAGACAGUAAGCCUAAGCAGAAGAAGUCGUUCUGGGGUAGACUCACAGGAACCUCUGAGGCUGUUAUUGUGGACCGAAAGCUGGGCUGGCGUGCCGAACCUGAAGAGAUGACCGGUCGCAAAUUGUCCAGGGACCAGGUCAGGGCUGUUGUGGAGUGGAAGGAGGUCUGCCUGCGCGUGGAGAACGACCUGGGUCUAUAUGAUAAUUGUAACGCACCGGGGAUUUGUCUCUCUGUGGAGGUUGGGGAGUAGGUAUCUGUUGUAGGAUUGCGGUUGCGGGAGCUAUAAGGGACCCGAAGCGGCAUACGGGAAAAUGUCAAGAGUUUCGCAUGCAUUUGCAUUGAGCUUCAAUGGAUAGAUGAAUUCUACAGCUUAGGUCAUCUUCAUAUAUA